GUUCUACUGUAGCUACUUAGUGCGCGCUUACAAGUGUUAUAGUGCUCUGUUUUUACGCACUGUUUAGUACAAUAGCGUGGGGUUUGAGACGAGAGCACCUGAGCCCCCCUUUAUAGCACACCUGGCCCCCGGGGACGGCUUCCACUGACCGGAAGGAGAGAGAGAGAGAGAGAGAGAGAGAGAGAGAGAGAGGGAGAGAGAGAGAGAGCUGCGAGAGGAACAGCUUCUGUACCUGUUGUCCAAGCAAAAAAGCUCCUUUUUACUCAAAAUCUAAAAGCGGUGUGACUCUGGGGACGCGCUAAAUGUCAACUGGACGCGGUGAGAAAAAUCUCACUUUAGUUUCUUUGCUUAUUUCUUCAGGACUUCGUACAGAAAGACACCUGCUGCUGAUAAAGGUGAACUGAGUUACACAGGGGAGAUUUUGGGGGGCGACCCGCAGCGUCGUGGUUUCCUUUCACUUUUCUCCGCUUUUUCUUUCCGAAGGGAGAUGACAGAGAAAAAGAUCGGAGCACCAGGGAUGGCGCUGUGUAGCCGGUGGCGAGUCGCCGUGGCGGUGUGUGUGACCGCUGUGGUCCUGGCUGGACUGGGAGCCGCAAUCUGGGCCCUGGCUACAUACAUAAAGACAGCAGAAGACAUGGGUUUAUAUGACGUGCAGGUGAGCGUGGCGGACCAGAGACUGCGGGCGUUCGACUCCGCCCAGCGGAGGUGGAGACACGUCUGCUCAUCCGGCGCCAACCAGCUGCUCGCCUCCAUCAGCUGUGAGGAGAUGGGCUUCGUCAGGGCAAUAAAUUUCUCCGUCACGUGCGCUCCCGACAGCAGCAGCAGCAGCCACGAGUUCUUCUGCGUGAAAGAGAGCGAGUUGACCUACGGCAAGAAGAUCAGCACCGCGCUCUACCCGUGUACGUGUGAAAAAGGACAGAUUGUUCAAGUGCUUUGUCAGGAUUGUGGCCGACGUAUGCUUCCUGAGGAGCGGAUUGUGGGAGGUGUGGAUGCGCGUCAGGGCUCGUGGCCGUGGCAGGUCAGUCUGCAGUAUGACGGAGUUCACCAGUGUGGAGGAUCCAUCAUAUCAGACCGCUGGAUCAUCAGUGCUGCACACUGCUUCCCUGAGAGAUAUCGUCACGUGUCGAGGUGGAGGGUUUUGAUGGGUUCCAUCUACAACACGCCCAUCCAUAAGAACGUGGUGAUCGCCGAGGUGAAGACGGUGGUCUAUCACAGCAGUUACCUGCCCUUCGUCGACGCCAACAUCGACGACAACAGCCGCGACAUCGCCGUGCUCUCGCUCACGAAGCCUCUGCAGUUCAGCGACUACAUCCAGCCCGUGUGUUUGCCAACCUACGGCCAGCGGCUGGUGGACGGUCAGAUCGGCACGGUGACCGGCUGGGGAAACGUCGAGUAUUACGGCACACAGGCGGCGAUCCUCCAGGAGGCCCACAUUCCCAUCAUCAGCGAUGCCGUCUGUAACGCCCCUGAUUACUAUGACAACCAGGUCACCACCACCAUGUUUUGCGCUGGUUACGAGAAAGGAGGAACCGAUUCCUGUCAGGGAGACAGCGGUGGUCCCUUCGUAGCAGCCGACUGUCUGUCCAAAACGAGCCGCUACAGGCUGCUGGGCGUGGUGAGCUGGGGGACGGGCUGUGCCAUGGCAAAGAAACCCGGCGUCUACACCCGAGUGUCACGCUUCCUGCCCUGGAUCUCCAGUGCCAUGAGGACUUAUGAAAAUUCCCCCGGAGUCCAUAAAAUGGCUCGUGCGGCCACGGCGUAGGACACCUGAGACUCGAAGCUGUCAGAAAAGGCCGAGAUCAGGUCUGUGAUGGACGUCGCCGAGUCCCCAAGACCAAAACAGUUGAUCAGAAAGAAGUCAAGUCUCCUGACUGACGCUCAGACUGACGCCUUUCAGUCAAAUGUUCAUUUUGUCCAGCGGCCGUAAUUCAGUAAUUGUAAAAUGCCUCAGUGCAGAGGACGAGUCCGAAACGUCUAAUGAAGGGUUCAUAGGGUGGGUUUUAUUCAGACUUUAUACACUCACGGGAAAAAAGGUACUCGAUUUACAUUCGUAAAGGUGCUAGCAAAGUCAAGAAGAAAUAAAUCAUCAGACCAGCGUUUAUAAAUCAUCAGACCCGCGUUUAUAAAUCAUCAGACCAGCGUUUAUAAAUCAUCAGACCAGCGUUUAUAAAUCAUCAGACCCGCGUUUAUAAAUCAUCAGACCUGCGUUUAUAAAUCAUCAGACCUGCGUUUAUAAAUCAUCAGACCUGCGUUUAUAAAUCAUCAGACCUGCGUUUAUAAAUCAUCAGACCCGCGUUUAUAAAUCAUCAGACCAGCGUUUAUAAAUCAUCAGACCUGCGUUUAUAAAUCAUCAGACCAGCGUUUAUAAAUCAUCAGACCUGCGUUUAUAAAUCAUCAGACCUGCGUUUAUAAAUCAUCAGACCCGCGUUUAUAAAUCAUCAGACCCGCGUUUAUAAAUCAUCAGACCUGCGUUUAUAAAUCAUCAGACCUGCGUUUAUAAAUCAUCAGACCUGCGUUUAUAAAUCAUCAGACCUGCGUUUAUAAAUCAUCAGACCCGCGUUUAUAAAUCAUCAGACCUGCGUUUAUAAAUCAUCAGACCUGCGUUUAUAAAUCAUCAGACCUGCGUUUAUAAAUCAUCAGACCUGCGUCAAAGUUCGUUUUAAACCAAGUUUAUAAAACUAAUACUAUAACACUGAACUCUAAUUUAGCUCCAUACGGUAAUGCAGUUAAUAGUAAAUGAAUUAUAGAUGUUUUGGAUGUAAAUCGGAGCAUAAACACGUUUAAUUCGGCUCAGUUUGGUUCAUUUGUAAACGUCUACGGUUUUUAACGACGUCAUCACGGAGCAUCUUUAGAGAAAUCCAAUUUUUUAUUAACGAAACGAAGGGUCAAAGGUCAAAUAAAACCGAGCGGAAACGCCUGCCCGAAGAAAGAAAACGAAGAUGAUCAUAGAUUACGUCAUGAAAGAUUUUUUUUUAAUUCUGCUUUUAUUAUCGAGUUCCCGGUUUGUCAAUAGAGAAACUCAGCAUUGCUCAGAUUCACAGUAAAUGUUGGCACCUCUGUGUUCAUUAGUCGACCUUUAAAAGCGAAUCCCUGACAGCGUAAAUCAUUGUCGCUUGUCUCCCCAGCGACAAGGCACCGUUACAGUAAGUACCUUUUUGUUCCUGCGAGUGUUUGUGCGAAUUCAGAAACUGGACAAAGAUUCUUUCUUUUUGUUUACUUUCAGGAAAAUCUGAAUGACAAAACAAUUCUUAAAUCAUCUGUCGUAUGCAGGUUUUAAUAAAUGUACACUAGGCUUGUGCGAUAUCGGUUUUGACGGACAGGAGAGCGGGUGUUUCACCGUGUCGGGUCUGAGGAGGAGAUGAUGUGGUGUUAAUAUCAUCAGCUGUAGUCAGGAGCUCACUGGAGGCAGAGGCAAGUAACAGCUUCUCGGCUGGAGGUGGCUUUAAAGGUGCGGUGCACGAUGUUUGAAAGCCGAUGUUGACAUUUGGAAUCACCAAAACAAACACGCCCCUAACCCAAAUGGGUGUUUUGAUAGCUCCGCCCACACAUACAUACAUACGUAACCCAGGCAACUAUUAUGGUGGAACCUGCUGGGGCAGCUUUCCGAGGGGAUAUUUUUAUCAACUCACUGAGUAACACUGUGGUAAUACAGAUGUGUUUUUGUAGUACUGUGUGUUGUAGCGUGAAAGCUUUCGCUCCGUUUCACGCGGAAGACGACGUUUGACACCUACAACCCGAGGCAGAGGUAACGCCAGGUAUCCGCCAUGUCAGUGUUUCAAUCGCUUUCGACUAAUGACACACACGCGCACUGAACACCCUCUCCGCCGCAUAUUAAGAAGACACACCCCUUUCUGCUCAUUGGCUACACGUUUGUUUGUUUUCUGAAGCAUUUUUCAAACAUCGUACACCGCACCUUUAAAGUGACUCUGCAUUGUGUAACGCUACAUUUCUGAUCCAAUCCUCUUAUUCGUUAUCGUCGUCUUAUUCCGUACGGCCGACACGUUCGCCGACGCUGCUGCUCUUAGUGCUGGAAACUGGAAAGAAAGCAAAAGAAAUAUAUAUAUUUGCAAAUGAUUCGAUUUGAGACUUUCUAUUUGGGUCAUUAUUUUUUUUUAAUUUUUUCUUCUCUAACCUCAAAUGAAAUUACUUUGAUUAAGAAUUCCCUGAAAAAAAUAAAGUCACGUUUGAUUUUCAGCCCAAAUUCUUUUAUAAUUUCUUAAGUGAUAAAUAUAACGGACCGAUGUUCAGUAUAUGUUUGUGAAAUGUUAGCGGAGUUUAAUGCGAAUGGAUUUUAUGUCACGCAACAAGACAGGAAGUGAGGAUGCCUCGGUCGGGGGGUACAGUACGAACUGGCGUGAGUGGGCGGGGCUUUUUUAAUUUUGAAAUUGGUUCCUAUCCUGUUUUAUCAGAGAGGAAAAGACACCUUUUUUUUGAUGUUUGUAGCGAUAAUAUAAUGUGAUAUAAUGUGGCGUUAUAUAACGAGAGCAGAUAUCGGGGCAGCGUAAUAUCGAUUAUACGGUUAUAUCGCACAAGCCUAUAGUAUAGUAUAGUCACUUUACCUCCUCGGUUUAACGGAGGAAUAUCAGAGAGGUUUACGUCACGCCAUGAGUUAAAGACUUACACAUAAAAAUAUGGUUUGGAAAUGAAAUGGAUUAUUAAGUCUAUGAAAUCUGCACAUUUUAGAGUAAAGUGUUGUUUUUCUGAACAUUUUACUGUUUUGGUUUUCAGUCUGGACCUAAAAAGAUUGGCUGCAGUGUUGAAAAAAAAAUUUAUAUAUCCUGUGUUUCUCUUCUUUUAUUGUUAUUCUUUUCUUUUCUUUUCUUUUCUUUUCUUUUCUUUUCUUUCUUACCGGCUGUGGAAUAGCAGUAAUAUAAACCAAAGACUGCUUCAUUUAGCCGCAGUAGUAUUAAAGCGGCGGUCAGUAUUUUUGCUCGUUACUCGUGUGUAUUGUUGUAAAUAUACAGUAAAAAUCUUCCGCUAUGCGACAUCACCGUUUAAUCGUUAUUAAGUCGUGUCUCUGAUUGUGUCGUCAGUGGCGAAAGCUGUAAUUUAACCGUUCCUGGUGUAACUACACGCUGUUUAUUGUCCUGUAUUUAAUAUAAUUCGCAGCACAAUUUACACAGCAAGAUCGAAUCGACGUGGAAUAUUUAGCGGAGUUUUAUAUUUAAAGCAGAUUGAUGUAAAAGAUCCUAAUUUCCCUUUUAUUGUUAUAAUAAUGUGUAUUUGUGUGCACUUUCUAUCCUUUAUGUUCAUGAGAGUUGAGUAAUCGAUGUGAAUACGUGUACAUGACUGAGAUUUUAAAGUUUAAUAUAAAUGUCAUUUUCACUGGAAAUGUUACAACCACGGCAUCGAAAUAAAGUCUUAAUUUUAAA